AUGAACUCCCUCAGGGCCUUCAGGGGCGGGAAGCUCCUCCUGCAGGUGGUGUCCUCGCGGUCCUUGUCCCUGCAGGUCACGGGCGAGGGCGUGGAGCUCCUGCCGCCGAAGAAGGAGCUGGGCGACGGCUGCUACGUCCCCCUGAUGGCGAGCGUCAACCGGUACUGCUUCAGGGCGGCGCUCGUGCUGCUCCACCUGCGGUUCGGCCGCCACCACAACCUCGUAGCGAAUCGCCUCCAGGAGCUCAACCCGCGCUUGGAGGACGAGCGACUGUUUCAGGAGAGCCGGAGGAUCGUGGUGGCCCAGCUUCAGCAUAUUGUCUACAACGAAUAUCUCCCCACGGUCCUGGGGAAAAAGGCGAUGAGGAAGUACCAGCUGAAGUCUCUGAAGGGAAAGCAGAGGCGGAGCGACUACGACCCCGGGAGGAGCGUCGCCGCCACCUCCGAGUUCGCGACGGCGGCCUUCCGCUUCGGCCACAGUCAGAUCCCGGACCUCAUAGAGCGAGCAGACGCCGCCGGGGAGGUCUCGGCGACGACGCUCUCCUCCGAGAUGCUGAGGCCCUUCUCCCUGUACGCGGAGGGGGUGGUUCCCGACCUGCUCCGCGGGUCCGGCCGCCAGAGCGCCGGCGAAGUGGACGCCCUUUUUUCGAAGGAGGUUACGGGGAAAUUAUUUCGCUCCAGCAAGCCCUUCGGUCUCGACCUGGUGGCCCUGAACGUCCAGCGCGGGCGUGACCACGGCCUGCCAGGGUACACGACCUUGCGGGCGGUCUGCGGGGGCGGCGGGGGCAAGGGCAGGGAUUUCGAGGACUUAGGCGAGGACAUGGACCAAGGUGUGAUUGACAGCCUGAGGAGAGUGUACAGCCACGUGGACGACAUCGACCUCUUCAUCGGCGGCUUAUCGGAGCGCCCCCUCCCCCCCGGCCUCCUCGGACCCACCUUCACCUGCAUCCUAGGCGACCAGUUCUCCAGGAUCCGUCGAGGCGAUAGGUACUGGUACGAGACCUCCGAUGAAGACACCGGGUUCGGGGAUGAUCAACUCGAGCAGCUCCGUAAGACGACCCUCGCUGACCUCCUGUGCGGCGCCUUCCCCGAGGUGCGGGCGAUCCAGGAGAGGCCCCUGGAGGUCGCUUCGGCAGAGAACCCGGUGGUGUCCUGUUGCCACGUGUCCUCAGUGGACCUCAAACCCUGGAAGGCAUGAGGGAAAGGGCGCCUCGAGAACAGAAAGCCGGAGACGUGAGAAAGAAAGUUUCGAUGUGCCCGAAGUGUACAAGAAUAAAUCUUUUUAAGAAUCUGUUUUCUUUCUUUCUUUCUUUCUUUCUUUUUCUCUUUGUCCUUGCGGUUUCAGUUCGUUCUUUGGGUUGUCCUUUGUGGCGGUUGCUUCGGGGAGGAUAAGUGGGCACAGCAUAUGCUGACCUAGGAAUGGAGAAAUAAUAAAUAGACGAAUAGGUAAAUAGAUAAAUGGACACACAUAAACACAAACACAGACGUAUUAGCAAACCUCGAGGGCCCUGGGGUCUUGCAAGGGGCGUCGGG